GAAAACUUUCAUUUCUUGAUCAACAAUGUCCGUCACAGUUGGACUCUGGUCGCACGCGUUUAUUCCCGGCAAACCUGAAUCUGUGAUUCCAAUCGCCGACCUAAGGAUCACCAAUGCCUCUCUUGGAGAUGUUCUGGUGGAUGAGAAGGGAAGGACCGUCCUGAAGAUGACGUUUGAGAGGAUUUCGAUCGAUGAAGACGACGGAAACGACGAGGAGGGUGAAGAGAUGAAGGAAAAAGGCGCCUCUUCAGCCUUUGUUUGUUCGCUGGUUGCUGGCAAGACGGAGCAGACCGUUCUUGACAUCACGUUAUUGGAAGAGACGGAAUACAUUUUCGAAGUCGUCGGCAAGAACACCGUAUAUAUGAUCGGAAAUUAUAUUGAUCAAAAUGCCAACCAGCCUCCGUACGGGGAGUCGGAUAUAGGCUCCGACGACGAAGGAGCCUAUGACUUGCAGGAAGUCAGUUCGGAUGUUGAAAUGCAUCCUGACGACCUGGAUGGCAUGGAGAGCGAUGCCAGCGGUAUCGAGGAUGUAGCUGAGGGUGCUGCGAAAACUAAGAAGAGGGCACGGGAAUCUGACGUGGCUGAAGGUAAACCUGCCUCCAAUGUCGAGAAAAAGAACAAGAAACAAAAGGUCGAGGUGGCGCGGCAGAAUAAAGAGGAGAAGACAGAGAAGACGGAGAAGGCCGGCAAAAAGGAUAAGAAAGACAAGAAGGACCAGGCAGAAAAAGCUGAAGCUACGGUCAAGGAACUCCCUGGUGGUCUGAAAAUCAAAGACGCCAAGGUGGGAAACGGUGUUGGAGCGAAGAAAGGCCAGAAGAUUGAAAUGAGGUACAUAGGAAAAUUAGCCGACGGAAAAGUUUUUGAUUCCAACACGAAGGGAGCACCAUUCAAAUUUCGUCUUGGCGAUGGUGAAGUCAUCAGAGGUUGGGACGAAGGCCUAGUUGGAAUCAAAGUUGGCGGAGAACGUCUCCUUACCAUUCCUCCGGCGAUGGGAUAUGGUAAGAAAGGCAGCGGACCUAUUCCAGGCAACGCUACGUUGACUUUCGAGGUGAAAUGUGUUGGUGUAAAGUAAAUGGAACGGUGCUUGUAUGCUGCUCCAACACUUCUCCUAAAAAGUACAACACUACCAGUAUUUACGCGUAUCUAGCUAAUUAUGUGAAGUGUAUCCUGGCACAGUGUUCCAAAUCUGAUAUCGGCCAGGACUCGCACUCUUGGAGGCAUGAUUCUCGCGGAUCCCGACCUCCAACUUGAAAUUGAAUGCGUUCUGCAC